AUGUCGAACAACAUCUGGCCGACAUACCGCGACAAGAUCGCCGGCGUCUGGAAACUGCUCAGCUACGAAGUCUUCGACGGGACAGGACCGGACAAGAAGCUCGUGGCCAAACCUCACGGCGACGUACCGCUAGGUCGGGUACAAAUCUCGCGGAAUGGUUACCUCUCAGCACAUCUCACUAAUCCUGGUCGAGUCAAAUCCUUACCAUCAGGCAAAGCAUGGCAAGAAGGUGGGGAUGCUGAGGUGGCGUAUGUAGCUCGUGGUCAUAGUAUGUAUUGCGGCUAUCUGAAGCUAUUCGAGGAUGAGAAGGGGCUGUACUGGGAGACGAGAGUUGACAUCAGUACGGAUCCUAGUCAGGCCGGAAGUUUGCAGGUCAGGAGAGCGGAGUUGACUGAGGAGGGUGGGAAGUCCUUCAUGGUUCUGCAGCCCGAGAGGGAUAUGGUCAUGGAGGACGGCAGCAGGACGCGAGGUGUUCUGCGGUGGGAGAAGAUCGAGUAA